AUUGUACAGAUAAUUCUGAUCAGUAGGUAACAUUCAUGUUAGAGCUGAGUACUGAGAGGUAGCGCUGAUGGAGAGAUACAGCCAUGCGUGGUCACGCUGUUCCCUAGCUCCGCACUUUCAAAUCAAAGCCUAAUCUGUCAUGCUCACUCCAGAAACUACAAGAAGCCGUCAAAAGACUUAGCACCCGGUGUAUACGGUGUACUCUCCUCUUUCCUUCUCUUUCUCUGCCACCGUCAAUAUGAUGGCAAGUCAAAUGACAACCUUCCGCCCGACUACUCCGCCCCCUGGACGCACAUUUGCGAACCAGCAUACCCUACCUAAGCUCCCAGUUCCAUCUCUUGAUGACACCUGCAAGCGCUACUUGACCGCUCUUCGAGGUCUCCAGGAUGAUAAGGAACAUGCUGCCACUCAGCAUGCCGUUCGAACUUUCUUAGGUGGCGAAGGUCCCGCUCUGCAGGAGAGAUUGAAUGAGUGGGCUAAAGAGAAGGCGAGCUACAUCGAGGACUUCUGGUAUGAAAGCUAUCUCUCGCACAGCGAUCCUGUAGUACUCGCUCUCAACCCGUUUUUUGUCCUGGAGAAUGAUCCUACCCCAGACCGGGGCUCUCAGCUACCCCGCGCUACGGCUCUUAUCAUGUCGUCAUUAGGCUUUAUUCAUGAUCUCCGCCAAGGUCGACUCGACCCCGAUGCCGUACGUGGCCGUCCGCUAGACAUGGAUCAGUACAGUAGAUUGUUCGGGACUGCUCGUAUACCAACGGAGCGCGGCUGCAAAAUGCUUGUGAAUGAUGCGGCUCGCCAUAUUGUAGUUUUGCGGAGAGGACAGUUCUAUUGGUUUGAUGUUCUUGAUGAGGACAACCGACCACUGAUGACAGAGCGCGAGGUUCUUCGCAAUCUCCAAGCCAUCUGCAAGGACGCCGACAAGACCCCGGUCACUGAGGUUGCUCGCACGGCUAUCGGCGUUCUCACUACUGAGAACCGAAAGACUUGGUCUUCCCUUCGACAUGAAAUCGCCCAGGACAAGACCAAUGCAGCUUGCUUGCGCCUGGUCGACGAUGCAUUGUUUGUGGUCUGCCUAGAUGAUGCAGCUCCAGGCCGCGAUGGCAUCGGCGCGCUCGCUCGAAACGGUGAAAAGGGAGAAGACCUUGCUGCUCUGUGCAGCAAUUUCCUCUGCGGAACUUAUGACCUGCAGGAGGGUGUACAGGUUGGCACGUGCACCAAUCGGUGGUAUGACAAACUACAAAUCAUUGUGUGUGCGGAUGGUGCUGCCGGUAUCAAUUUUGAACAUACCGGCGUUGACGGCCACACGGUUCUGAGAUUUGCCGCAGAUGUCUUCACUGAAGGCCUAAUGCUGCUUGCGCGCUCAAUUAAUCCUUCCGCACCCACACUAUUCCAUGCACCCCUUUCACCACACGCCAAAUCAUACAGGCCUCCCAAGUCGAUACCAAACGGCAACAACGGCAAAUCAUUGAUACCCUCUCAAAGUUUCUCAUAUGAUACCUCGCCUGCCAAACUCAUGUGGACCCUGACUCCCUCAAUUCGAGUCGGCAUUCGAUAUGCUGAGACGCGGCUGAGUGACCUUAUAUGUCAGAAUGAUUGCCAGGCAUUUGAGUUCAAGGGCUAUGGAAAGAAUUUCAUCACGAGUCAUGGAUUCAGCCCCGAUGCGUUCGUGCAGAUGGCUUUCCAAGCGGCAUACUUCGGACUUUAUGGGAGAACGGAAUGUACUUACGAACCUGCGAUGACGAAGGCCUUCCUUCAUGGGAGGACUGAAGCGAUUCGGACAGUGCAACCAGAGAGUGUCGAAUUUACGAAUGCAUUUUUCUCAGAGUGUUUACCUGACGAGAAGAUCCGCAAAUUGCGCAAGGCCUGCGAGCGACACGUAAAACUUACGAAGGAGUGUAGCGAGGGCUUGGGCCAAGACCGACACCUGUAUGCAUUGUACUGCUUGCAUCAGCGCCAGGUGACAGGAAAUCUCGAUCCAUCUCCUGACGAUCCAAUCCCGAACGGUGCUACUCAGAAGACCCUCCCGUCAAUCUUCGCUGACCCGGGCUGGAGUCUACUAAGUACCUCUAUCUUGUCCACUUCAAACUGCGGAAACCCUGCAUUGCGCUUGUUUGGAUUCGGGCCUGUUGCGGCUGAUGGGUAUGGCAUUGGGUAUAUCAUUAAAGAGAACGGGAUAAGCGUCGUCGCUUCAUCGAAGCAUCUACAAACGCGUAGAUUCCUGGAUACCCUCCAAGGAUAUUUGCUAGAGGUUCAGAGGAUCUUAAUACAGCUCCAUCGCUCCGCAAAUGAACGCCCUGCCCCAUUUGUUGAUCACGCUGGCAUCCUCCGUGACUCCAAGACUGGUCGGCCGAUUAGUAACGGCCACGGUUACGGAUCAGACGAAUCGGGGAGUGACUACGAGGACACCAUGCCCGGGUACUCGUUCUUUGAUAGUGGUGAUAUCGAUCUGCUCGGACGCCGCAAGAGAAGUCCUUAUGCGAAUAUUGGAAAAGUCCUCCCUCUGUCUGAUUAUUGAUAGGUGACUAAUUGCUGUAUGUAUCGGAGUAUAAGUAUAUCUGGCCUGAUUUCAGUACCUUUUGUGUAUUACUACUACAUAUGUGAUGUAUGUGAUGUCAUCUGUACGAUUACAUGACGUGCUCAAGAAUCAGGUCAAUCAUGACAAAA